UGAUUGGUUCUACUUGUCUUCAAUCCAACUGCAGCUGCAUCACCACAGCGCCCUUACCGUAUCGGCGCUUUCACUUCGCACCAGCCAUGUAAACAGCCCUUGCGUGGAAAAGCAGAAGUGUCUGGCGUGAAAGAUUGUGUUUCGUAAGGGCUGAGCCUGUGUGUCUUGCUGUUUGGCGUGUCUCGGUUCUUCGCGAUUGUUUCGGCAUGGAGCUGAAUGGCUAUCACUGUGAAGACGAAGCAGCCGCAGAGGAAGGGGAGGAGGAGGAGGGGGAGACGGCGGUGGGGAAGGAGUGUCGGCCGCCAAGGACGGAGCCAGCGGGCGGCGUGAGAGCGGAGGGCGGCCCGGAGAGCGCGGUGCCCGCGGCCGGAGCAGCAGCCUCCAGGCAGCGGCUGCCGUCGAACUCCAGGUCCAGGCAAAGGCUCGACUCCCUGAAAAAGAACAGGCCUCCGUUCCCGUGGUUCGGCAUGGACAUCGGAGGAACCCUGGUCAAGCUGGUGUACUUCGAGCCCAAGGACAUCACGGCGGAGGAGGAGGAAGAGGAGGUGGAGAACCUGAAGAGCAUCCGCAGGUACCUCACGUCCAACGUGGCCUACGGCUCCACGGGCAUCCGGGACGUCCACCUGGAGCUCGAGGACCUCACCCUGUGCGGGCGGAAGGGCAGCCUGCACUUCAUCCGGUUCCCCACCCAAGACAUGCCCGCCUUCCUCCAGAUGGGCAGAGACAAGCACUUCUCCAGCCUGCACACCACGCUCUGUGCCACUGGAGGGGGGGCGUACAAAUUCGAGGCCGACUUCCGCACAAUGGCUGACCUCCAGCUGCAUAAGCUGGACGAACUGGACUGCCUCAUCAAAGGGGUGCUGUAUGUCGAUUCACUCGGUGGACACUCGGAGUGCUACUAUUUUGAAAACCCCACAGAUCCUGACCUGUGUCAUCAAAAGCCUUACAAUCUGGAGAACCCUUUCCCCUUGCUGCUGGUCAACAUCGGCUCUGGGGUGAGCAUUCUGGCUGUCUAUUCCAAAGACCAUUACAAACGGGUCACUGGGACCAGUCUCGGAGGUGGGACCUUUCUGGGCCUGUGCUGCCUGUUGACCGGCUGCUCGACGUUCGAGGAGGCGCUGGAGAUGGCCCUGUGUGGGGACAGCACCAAGGUGGACAAGCUGGUGCGCGAUAUCUACGGGGGGGACUACGAGAGGUUUGGGCUCCCAGGCUGGGCUGUGGCAUCAAGCUUUGGGAACAUGGUGUGCAAGGAGAAGCGGGAAUCUGUUUCUAAAGAGGACCUGGCCAGAGCAACAUUGGUCACCAUUACCAAUAACAUUGGUUCGAUAACAAGGAUGUGCGCACUGAAUGAGAACAUUGACAGAGUGGUGUUUGUGGGUAACUUCCUGAGGAUAAAUACCCUCUCCAUGAAGCUCCUGGCGUAUGCAUUGGACUAUUGGUCAAAAGGACAGUUAAAAGCACUUUUCCUGAAGCAUGAGGGCUAUUUUGGAGCAGUGGGUGCCCUUCUGGAGCUGCUGAAACCAUCAUAAGCAAAGAAAUGAAACGUGACUUCAGAUGUUAUGGAGGAACGUCCACUUUCUAUUUCUGUGAAAAAUGGCAUUAUGUGCACAAUUCCACUGUGUCCCUAAUUAUAAUAGUGUGCUCCUUCCCCAGCAGGCAGUGUGGGGUUAACAGAAGCUGGAAUAUGGGAUGCAGUUCAGUACAGUGCCCUGAACUUGGUGAACUGCACUAUUUUAACUGGGCUUUGCGAAUGUUGUCCUUCUGUUUGUUUUCUGUUUAAAAUGAUGAGGCAACGAUCCUUUUUAAAACUUGAAAGCCCCAAAUUUUAGCCUGAGGAGUAUGUAGAUACUAUAUUUCAAACAGGAAGGGGAAAUCUGUUCAGCUGUUUGGUUUAUGGGGCAGUUUGUUAUAAAUCUUGAAAUUGCUGUAGUUCAGUUUCCACCUUUCUGAUCAUUGCUGAAUCUGCAGGUCUAGUAGGUUCUGUACAGCUAUGUUUGAAUAAGCACUACAUCUACUCUCCCUAAGAUGAAGUUGCUGGAGUAUUUAUAUUUCUUGUCUUGCAGAUAUGUGUUAGUCUGGUGUUUCCACUCAGUAUGCCAGACACUUCUGGUGAUGUGACAUGGCUGUACACCCUCAUUGUGAUGCUGUGUUUUGUAAAUACGCCUCCAGGCUAAUGUACCGAGUGCUGAGUACAGGGCUUUGUAUCUGAUGCAGCUCAUACAUUCUUCUCGUAAAAGGCUGAGCUACUGAGCCAGGUUUUCACUGCAGAUUAGUUGUGGCGCUUGGCUUCAAGCAACUGCUGUGCACAAGAGAUUUUUUUAAUCAAACGUUUAUUCAGUUAUUGUGGCUUUCUGUGUGUAACAGCAGUUUUAAGGGGAAAUUGGUAGAAAAUAUUCUUUCUCCUCAUUUUUUAUUAUUUUCUAAAUGAGAGUAUUUUUCUUAGUUUAUUUUCUAUGUAAAUUGAGGUGAUCUUUUUAAAAACCAGGUACGGCGUACAAUUAUUUACAUAUUACAUCAAGCCAAGGAAUGCAAUGAUAUUGUAAUCCAGUUUUAAACAAGUAGAUGGAAGUAACUUAAAGAGAAGCUUGUAAAGGAAAAGCCAUCCACGACUACGCAGCUUUUGGUCCAUUUCUGGGAACAUAUCCACAUUUUCUGUGCCACACCUAGUCCCUCAGGUGUUAGAAGGCAAUAGAAAAUAUACAAAUGCUAAGGCUGUAUAAAAAAAAAGUAAAAUGCCCUUAAAGGAUGUUAUUGUUUCCCUUUCCAUUCUCUUUGAAAUAUGUUUCCAAACCUAUAAACCUGUCAUUAAAACACUGAUGUUGCCUUGUA